AUGAAGUUCCACUUUGUCGAUAGCCAUGCAGCAAGCGAUCCCGGCUCCCGCAAGGCCAUCCGCCGUCAUGUCAUGAAGGGCAAAAACCUGGGGCGGACUAUCCAAGGUCGCGGACGUAAGCAUGCUGCGGCGCAAGAGCCAAAGAUCUUUGAGGGUGUACAGAAGAAAGAGAAGCUUGAGGAACUUGUCGUUGCUAGACGGGAGCGAGAUGUACGCGUCGAUAGUGAUGGCAGCACGUUGAUCUUUCCAGAGAUUGUGCCCCAUGAUGUGCUGGGCUCGCCAUCGAGCCCGUUCGCUGGGGAAGAGUAUACAUACUUUGCCUUUCCUAUCCAGUUUACCCAGUCGAUGAGAUACAUGGUGUAUCAAUGUAAGCAUCCAGCACCUCGCUCUUUGGCUGAGCAACCACUGAUCUAUAGAGUAGUCCACACAGCAGUCUGCGAUGCCAUCUAUCCCUCAUUCUUUUGUUCUCGAACAGAACAAGUUGGGUCACCAUGGUUUAAAUACAUGGUUUCUGACCAAGCUUUCCUUCACUGCUUGCUCGCCAUGGUGGCAACCUACCUCAACCUCUUCCGCAAACCAGACUGCGAACCUCUCGAAGCCACACGCCAUUUCUCACAAACUCUUCGUCUCAUCAACCCCAAGCUCAUGCAACCUACGCCUCCACAAGAUUCAACCAUCGCCAUCAUUGUCUCCCUUGCCAUCCAUUCCAAACUCAUCCGAGAUCCACCCAAGUGCUCUAUGCACCUAGACGGUCUUCAACGCCUCGUCGAUCUACGAGGUGGACUAUCAGAAAUCAGCGAGUCUAAUCGUGCACUUCUUCACAAGAUACUUCGCACUGAUAUCGAGCUCGCCAUCUCCCUUGGUGCUCGCACACGGUAUGGAGCUGGAGGACUCACUGCGGCAACUCCCGGCCCUACAGCUGCGAGGGUCCUCAGGUAUCCUCUGAACCAGAUGUGCGAGACACUACGGCACAUGACACGAGAGACGCUGGCUCUGUGUCGACAGCCUGGAAAGGCUAAGAUGGUGGCUCUGCAGUACCAGGACAUCUUGAUCUGGCUGUGGCAGCGGCUGAUAGACUUUGCACCGCUGAGUGAGAAGAGACCGCUCGAUCCGCUCGAUGAUAUGUGGCAUCUGGGCCUCUUGACUUUCUUGGCUACUAUAACUUGGCCAACGAGUUUCCUGCGAGGUCUCAACUGUGGGCUCUUGCAAAAAUUGCUUCGAGAGCGUAUUGACAGCAAAGUCUUGCUGGAGAGAGGCGAUGAUUACAGAGCCUUAUGGUUUUGGAUCGUCUUUGUUUACGCUAUGCUGUUACCCGAAGAUAACUAUGAGCAACUCCCUGUCCAGAAAAUACGAGAGAUGGCAGAGGAGUUGAAUAUUGGGACAUGGGAGGAGGUCAAGGUGGCCUUUCGACCGUUUCCAUGGAUUGGAAUUCUCCAUGACGCACCUGGAAAGAAGCUAUGGGAGUUGAUCAACGACUGA